GGUCGCUGUCGCUAAUAGUCGCUUGUUUUCGGUCAUGCAGAAAUCGGUAUGAGGUUUUUUGGUUAUGGCAUUUUGUGCUGGUGUCGACAUGUGACUUGGUCGUAUCGAAUUUUGUUUCAUCGAUUUCAUAGGCUUCGUUAUAGACUUUCCUUACCUUCAUGAGCUAACUACAAUAAACUCGGUGACCACUGUCUGUCAUCUCAAUCAAUAAGUAUGCACCUCCGGACCGACGGUAUUUCUAUAUCGAGUCAGGACUCCUCUUGUGCGGCUUUCCUGCCUCACGCUCGCCUCACCCUCCCCCACACACUUACCCCUCGUAUCACUCGAUCUAGGUAUGCUUCUACUAAUGCGUGCAACAACAUUUGAGCUGAUCUUUUUUACAAAGAACUUCGUUCGUCUUUAUUAUCUUCUAUCACUCAGUCUUCCACAAAAUCCAAAAAGAAGGUUAGGUUUUUUUGAGAGGACCAUAAUUAACGGUCAAGUCUUAGUCUUUUUUUCAAGAAGUAACAGUAAGUAUGAAGUGAGUGAGUAAAUAAGUAAUAUCGUGGGUGUAUGAGCUUGAGCAUCAGUAUCAUGCCAAGUAGUGGUAUUACGUGUAGUUGCUGAACUAGUUUUUUUUUUCCGUUGUUCGUUGGUAAAAAUGGUAUCUGCUAGGUACAUUCUCAGUAAAUCUUUGUAAGUAUGUAUUUUUUUUCCAAGAAAGUAUCUAUCUAAAUGUACGCUAACUCCGCUAUUUGUAUUUUUUCAUUCUCGUCGUGAUGAAAACUGACAAAUCUUUCACGAAAACUAUUUUCCACCUCCUGAUCAACGUUUUUACUUAUUUCUAUCAUGUCAUCCUCGUGUGGUGUUCGUGUCCAAUCGUUCGAUGCGCGGACGAACGUAGACGCAGCACGUCUUCCGCCAGAGCUGGACGGCACCAAGCUUUUCGAUUUUACAGAGCUGAAUCGAUUGCAAUCCGUUAUUCGCAACGAGGUUUUCAGGAAUGUUGAUUGCUCGGCGGCAAGAAGAGACGGCGCAAUCUCCUCGAGAGCUUCACUAUCAUCUACUGGCACGAGCACGACACAAGGACAAGCCCGACAGCAGCAUGUCAUCCUCGAGGCGCCACCGUCGAGCGGGAAGCAUUCCGUAUUCGAGAUGCUCAUGCUGCUCGGCAACAACAAGCGCACAUUGUAUGUGGCACCCUCAGUGGCAUUUCGCGAUGCCUAUGCGGUUCGAUUAGCAAGACUAGCGACUACUUACGCGGUCAGCUGGAGUCAACAUUCGAAAAUCCGAUACUAUGCGGUUGGCGACAAAAGGCUAUCGGCCCUCGAGGAGUGCGGAUGCAUGCUGCGGCACAACCUUGAGAGCGGCGAGUUGGAGGAAACAGGUAUAAUAAUCGCUGUUGUAAGUAAAACGUUGAUCGAGUAGAUGAUCAUAAACUCUGUGUAUUCUCGAGCACCAUACCACAGCAAUUUUUGCUUGGUGAAGCUAGUAAAAGUAAGGUAGAACUACAAUAAUGUACCAUGAUGAAGAAAUUAAUACACAGGUUCGAACCGCUCCGCUUCAUCAAGCUUUGACCUCGAGGCCGCGUGUGCGGCCACAGCCAUAGUCGGUCUCGCCGAGGACGUGUUGCAGGCUGCCACUCAUGCACCGCAGAUUCUCGCUGGAGUCGAGCUAGUUUGCCUCGACCAUCCGACAUUGGCGGAUGGAUCUGCCCUGGUAUCGCCAAGCGUCGAGGCGUUGGUCUGCUUGCUGAAGACUUUAAUUCGCCCGCAGUCAAAUGGAUGUGUGGGUGGAGAUCAACACUCGAAGGAUGAAGCCGCAUCUAGUGGCGCGGCGUCGACGCAGGUCGGGCGACUCCGGAAAGGAGGUGUGGUGACAACAUCGAAUGUCGCAACAUCUUCCAAAACACGAAAUAACGGAUCGCUUCGUUUUUUGAUCCUGACUUCGCCAAUUGAGAACAUCGAGAUACUCGGCAAGUGGCUCGCAGCUUCUACAGCGCACAGUGGUUCAUCGCCAGCCACAACUAGCAGUGGCACUUCAUCUUUUCAUCAAGAAGCGCCAAACGUGGACAUUCUCCGUUUUGACCGAAGUUUUGCCGUCAAAGAGUGGUCCGAGUCUACCGUUUCCACUGUGCCGAUUAAUGAGCAGAACCGAAACGACACGUUGAAGCGAUAUCUUGACAUAACGACGAAUUCGGCGGAUAAAUCGCUCAUCGUCUUCACCGGUUACUCGAGUCGUGUGACAGAAGACAUCGCACAAUUCUUUCGGAGCGAGGUUUCGGGGUAUAACUCGAAUGCGAGUAGAUCAGGCGGGUUCCUUGGCGACAACGAUAUCACCUCCACCAGGGACACAGAUCAGAGUGCUACGGAUCCGUUUUUAGGUAAGGCGUCGGCGCGCAGUCUCUUAGCCGGUCCGUCUGGGGAAUACUGUUGCGAUCCAGAUAAUGUGGCUGAAGUCAAUGAUCGGCGUUUACGCGAGUUUUUACUGGCGGGAAUCGCAGUUUUGCAUCGCGAACUCUACUCGGCGCGAGAUAUCGAUACCGUGCUGACUUUCGUGCGGCAAAAAAAAGCGCGCGUUGUUGUCGCCGAAAGCUUUUUUGCCUCGUACGCGCAAAGGAUCGCUGAAAAAUCAGAUGGCGAAGAGGAUGAAGACGAUGUUCCAGAAGACGCUGACCAAGUGCUGGACCGACGAAAAUGCCGGUCCAGAGAAAGCGUUCGAACGAGUGACACCCUAACGUAUUCCCUUUCCGCCGAUACUGUCGUUGUUUGCGGCCUGCACAAAUACGGCAACCUCGAUGGAUUAGACGGGAGCUUUUUGCCUGUUGGUGUGCAAAACCGCCUUUCGCCGUACGAAAUCCUGGAGAUGCAGAACUGCGCGCGACUGUCUUCCGAGCGACCUCCGACUGUGCGCUUUCUCUGCUUUCCAGAUCAGAUGGGCUAUGCACAUGCAGUGCUCCACGGAAACCUACGUGCUGGGUCGGGAGUUGCGAACCGCAUCAUGCAUGGAUCUUCUACAUCUGCAACGGUCACGGAGGUUGUCGGCACAAAGGGGAAAUGUAAAGGAAAAGACUUCGGUUUUCACAACGGAAAGGGUCAGCAGGUUCAAAGCUCUCAGUGCGAUCCCGCUGGCAGUGCUACACCAGCAAAAGGCGGUCUCAAUCUCCAACAGCUCCUCGAUUUGGCACUGCUCGAUCGCUUCCUUUGGCCGGCUGUCCUUCAUGGUUUCGCUUCAACGCAACAAGAUCUAAUUACCUUGCUAAGAGGAUCCUUUUUCUUCACAACUUUUGCCAGUGAACCGAUGAGUUUUCAGAAGCUUUUCGCGAAGGAGAAGAGUAACCCAUUGCAGAAUGCUGUUCCAGAUGUCGAGGGAGCUCUUUCGCUGAUUGUCUCUCGCCUUAUCGCGAAGUGGCAGAAGGAGAAACUUCUGAAAAAGCCAUCAAGUGCCACAGGUACUGCGGCUGGAGCCAAUGCACCAGACUCCAGUAUCGUCUUGAGCAAUACCGGUUCCGGUAGUGCAGCUCCCGGCCACUCGACUUCUUCAGCGGAGCUGCAGGUCGGGCAUUCUCCUUUCCUUCGGAAAUAUUGUGUGCAGUUUCCGGAGCUCCAUCCAAGCUCCAUCGUGCGCUUGAUUGAGUUGGUUGUCAAAAAAGCCGCGAACCAGCCGGAGGCGAUCCUGCGUUCACUAGCAGUGUUACCGGAGUUUGAGCUUUGCGCCCCGUCACGCGACAAAUCGGAUGUGCACGCCGUGCGGUGUUUGGAGUACGAUGCGGAUCUGUUUUUCUUGCCCGCGACCAAUAAAGCAUUGCAGCAGCUCGUGUGCAGCGGGGCUUCGAGUAACUUGGUUGAAGGCUGCGCUGGCGCUGCAACCUCAGCAAGCACCAUCGGUUCUUCUGCAUCUGCCGAGAAGCGUGCGCGGAAAGUCUUUGCGCUGUUUAUGGAUCAUCUCGCUGACUUCAAAGACCAACGAGAGAGCAGUCGAAGUGUCCACCUGCGCAAAGACAGCUACAAGACCGUCAAAAUCGCGCAAGUCUUGCUGAAGGAUAUCUUGCAGCCGCUGGCCCUUGAGUGUCAGGAUGGCUGCGCGCUUCUGAACGUCCUGCGACUACAACGCAGCUUCGAACAAGGGCAGUAUCACAUUGCGCAAAAUCACCUGCUACGGCAGUUUCUGACCUCCCCAUCCGAAUACCAACAGGACCGCUUGCACGUAGCGCAUUGGGAUGGAUUGCUCCAAAUUCUCGAUACUCUGCAUCUCGGUACGAUGCCUGAGUUGCAGGCGUUUUUCGAGCACGUGCUUGCGGUUUUGUGGAAGGAGAACCACAGUGAGCUGCGUCCUCCACAGGAAAUCGAAGCAGACGCGAUAGAGGGCGUCGCGCGCGCCCUAGCGUCUCACAUUCCGGCGACGCACGGCAAGCUGUCGCAAAGUCUCGGAUGCCUUGCCCACGCACUGGUCUCGGCUCAGUUUUACCUGCGCGUUGUUCCUGCCGGAGAAGGCCUGGAACCAGAUUCAGAAGAUGAAGAAACGAACAAGGUGGAAGGAGCAGCUCUUGCUAUUGAAGACCAGGAAAAUACGGCUCCGGUUCCGGAAAUCUUUGCUGGUGACACUGAUCUUCAAAAUGCUGAACAACAAAGUGUAGAGGCGACAUCAACUGCGAUAGAAAUUGAUGAAGAACAAGAAAAUGAUGAAGAAGAAAAGACUACAGCAGGAGCUUCGUCAGACCCUGUAGGAGGCAGUGCAUCUUCAACUAGCGCAGCUUCGUUUCUGUCCUCGAUUAAUUUUGGAAGCACAUCGAAGGUUGGAGCAUUGAGUAACAAACGUCCAGCAGGUCCUGCAAGGCGAUUGUUGCCGGGAGCAGCGCGAAGACUGAAUCCUCAAGGAGGAGUCGCUGGGAAGGCGGUAGUGGCGAAGUCUACUAGUGUUGCCAAACCAGCUACCGCGACCGUUGCCUCAACAGCGAAUGCCGCGGUUGCCUCUACGACUGCCAAAAGGCAGGUGAAGAUUAACGGGAAACCAAAUGCAACAGGGGUGCGGCCUUUAAUUCAAACGAAUACCGCGAAAGGCAUAGCAGCAGCAAAGGCUUCAGCAAUCGCUACGUCGAAAACGACAUCAAAGACUAAUAUCAAGAACAAAACUACGACAAGCACGAAAAAUCGCAAAAAGGGAGACGUUCUUCCGCCAAAUUCCGUCGACGUGUAUCUAGAGUCCGCAGGUUUACAUCUUUCUAGCAGGACUGAAGAAAUUGCAGAGCGCAUUUACACGGAGAAUCUAUUCGCGAGAUUCAAUGCUGGGAUAAGUGAUCCUACGCAGCAUAGAAAACCUUUAACGUCAAGCACAUCUUCAUCUGCUGAGAUUUCCGCAUCCAUCAGGAACGCAGUAGCCAAUAAAAAUAGAAAUCGCGCUUCAGCGUCAGGCUUAGACGACACCAACAUUCUGGGGUCGCAGUUUGUUUCUGCCCAGAAGUCAUGUGUCUUGUUUCCAGCACUUUGCGCAAACGCUUCGUCAUCGUCACUUGCGGUAGGAACAAGUCGAGCACAAUACAGAGCUCCACCGGCCGCGGGUCCGAGCUUCUAUCCAAGUGCGCGUGACAGAGUUCCCGACGAUCCUGUUAGGUAUUUCCAGCGCUUGCUGCAGCCCAAGGACUUCUUGCUACUGGCGUUCACUGAUGUUGGCGGUCUAGUUUAUUGCUCCACUUUGGACAAGAUUUUACAACAAAACGGAGGGUCAACAGAUGAAGAACAACAACAAAAAAGUGGUAACGUGAAAGUUCGGCUUUGUUACAAGAAGGGUUUGACGAUCCAUUUGGUGCACAUGAGGUUUCACGGCCUAGAUUGCAGCUUGCGGGUGAAGAAGCCUGCUGGGUCCGAGUUCAUCCCCCAGCGUUGUGUGGAACACUUUUUCCGGCAAGUGCAUCGCGAAGAGAUAGUAGACCCUCGUCGCGACGCAAACUUUCUCGGUGGUGUUGCGACUUCUGGUUAUUUCGGCGGCGGGUCAUGCAGUGGUGCGUUUGCUGGAGGCUACAGUGGGUUGACCGAAAAGCAGAAGAAGGUGAGAUCUGCAGGACUCUUUUUACCUGGAGGGAGCGGCACUUCGAGUGCGAUAGCACCAGAUACUUCUUCUAGUAAAAGUGUUGGUAAGGGCAUGAACUCCAACUCAAAUAACCGAAGUAGCGCAGUGAAUCAUACUUUUCAGUCUGUUCUUUCGUCGACUCAGCAAUCAGAUGCUGGGGGGCUUUUUCUGCCUCCUUCGCGAGGUGGGAAGUUUGGAACAUUUGGAAAACCGGGGUCCACUGACACCGACGGAUUUGGAUCUUCUUUCAAGGGCAAAGGCCGGAGUAGCUACAACAAGGGUAAGAAUCAAUAUCAAGAGAAACCCAACAUCUUCGCUGGCACAGAUUUCGUAUCUUCAUCUUCUACUGCAGGAGGCAGAGCCGCCGAAGUCCAGAAAGAAGAUGAUGAAGUGCCAUACUUGCCGUGUGGACUCCGCGCGUACACCAAGUCGCCAGCAAGUAAGUACGAUAUGAGCAAGAACAAGUCGAGUAGCAAAGAGUCUCAGGCACAGAGGACAGGCGCAUUGUAUGAAGAACUAAAGGAGAUGAAUGAAGGACGACGGCCGAACUGCCACUGCGGUGUGCCAGCAAAAGAGUGUUUCAUGAAAAAACAAGGUCGCUAUUUCUGGGGAUGUUCGAAGGGACCACGACAGGUAGGUGGCUGCGGGUUCUUCCAGCAGUGGUUUGGGCAGUAUGGAUCGAAGCCGACAGCAGAAAGCGGUGGCAACGCGGCUCCACGAACUUCGAACUCGCGAUCUCAAUCCCUCGAUACGAGGAACAGCAGAGCAACAAUACCUACUAUGUUGAAAACAGGAAUAGCCACUCCUAUUUCUGCAACAUUUCAGCAACCAUUGGUAGCAGGGACAUCAAAAAGCGGGGCUUCCACGGAGAAAAGCAAUGUCGCGCCGGUCCCGGUCAAUGCGAAUAUGCCAACUGUUCCUUCCACUUUUGCGGGCACUUUUGGAGGCUUUUCGAACACCAUCGCCACAUCUUUCACAGGAGGAGGCGGAUUUGGGUUUGGUGCUCCAUCUUCUUCUGCGACCACCAACUUAGCGGAUCCAGUCGGUUCAGGUUUGAAGGGAGUCCAGCCCGUACUCCCCAACACGACCACGUCGAAUGGCUUCGUCAUCGGAUCCUCGAAUAUACCACCAGGCACUGCCUCUAGUCAUCAAACUGGAUUUUCUGGUAGAACCGCUGGCUCAUCAAGGCCGGCUGGGUUCGGUGCUUCCAUCGGUGGAUUCGAAGCUUUCGCUCCUUCUGCAUCUUCUUCCUUCGGCACUUUCGGAGGGCUGCCUUCAGGACUCGGCUUUGGUCCGAACGCGCCAGCUCAGACUGCUUCCACUGCAGCUUUUGGGGGAGGCGGAACCGAUCGGAUGAAAACAGCUGGCGUCGCAGACCUAAAUCCAGGCACGGGGAAUACUGCAGGAGUGGUUUCUUCCGGAUUCACAAUGAGCAAUUUCGGUUCCCUGGCGUCGACUGCUGCUCUACAUCAACCUCAAGAGAAGGCACAGGUAGAAGCUGUCUCUUCGGUUCCUCCAGUCUCGGUUACAAUGCCAUUCGGUGGCUCUAAGUUGGAGGAGCAUGUUUCUACCUCUUCGGCGUCAUCACGGGCACACCCUGGGGCCACAGCUCUAGCCGCAGGACCACGACAACCUGCAGCCUCAGCAGCACACCGACAAUCUCAGACGCCAGUUUCUGAAAACCAGAAGCAGCUUCGUGAAGGCGUUGCGCCUCCUCCUCAACCAGAUGCAGGAGUUGCCAUUGACGACGGAACCUCCGGGCAAGGGUGCUCAGCUUCUUCAGGUGACGACAUCGAGCUGUCUGAGGAGCGAGAGGACGAUUCUCCAGCAACAAAGCGAGUGAAACGUGCGCGUGCGACUCUCUUUGACGCGCUAUGGAAGGGCGGGGAAGAAGACGGUGCUCAGAGCGAGAAGGAAUCCAACACAGGUACUGAUACUGUCGGCAGUGCAUUUCCGGGAGUCACCUCAGCAAAGCCAGUUGACUACGAUAGUGCUCUCGGCAAGGGAGCUGAAGGAGGUAAAGUUAAAGUCCCCCAACAACACCUGGACCAGGUUGACGAAGGUCCACUUUCCACGAGAGCUGCGCCUUGGAUGGAUCUGCCGAAUACCAAUGUCACAACCUCUUCCACCGACGGUAGUGGUUGGACACUAACGUCCCUCGAGCUCGAUGGUGCUCCUUGUGAAGACUCGAAGGUUGCGCCUCCAGUUUGUAGAGUUGCAGCAGUUGCUCCUUGCGACUCGAAGCCUGCACCUCCAGUUCCUAGAGUUGCAGCAGUUGUUCCAAACGACGAUUUUGCAGAAGUGAUGCACGACCAUCAGCCACGACUAAAACGACCCGCAGGUGGGGAUGUCAAUGGUCCUCUUCGUGGGCGGAAAAGGACGAAGCAGGAUUCUUCAGUAGAAGAAGAUCAAAAUAAGGGGAAUCCGUUUUCGCAACCCGAUCUCGACUCGAAUCGAGAGAUGAGGACGGCAGAACGUAAGGCAGCGGAGGCGGUGCUCACGGUGCUCGAGAAUGCAGGAAAUUAUGACAGGAGCCCUGAAAACGGCCAGCCCAGUAAGAAGAAAGGGAAUGUUGACCCAUUUUUUGAGCAGAGGAGAACGAGUAAGCAAGGAAAGGGGAAUGGUAAGAGCGACGGCGGAGGUGUGAAGAAAAGUGUGUUUGAUUGGCGGCAGACGUCGAUGUGGCAGUAUCCAGAGCUUCGACGACGUGGUGACUUGCGGGAACUAGAGGCGUUAGGAGCUGCAGCACCUACGCCAGGAACAAACUUUCAAAUAAACAGCAAUAACAACAGCAACUACAGAGUCAGAGUCGACUCCACGUUUCAACAAUCAUGUUCCGCAGAGCAGACGAAUAUUUUAGACUCAUCAACAUCUCUUCAGGGAGGACAUACAUUGCAGGAUCGGUUACCGCUUUGUUUCUGCAACCAGCCGUGUGCCUUUCCGUUUCCGAUCCGGAAAGCUGGCGAAAAUCAGGGAAAGCUGCUCUACAAGUGCGCUGCUGCAGCCACGGCAUCUUCCUCUAAGAAUAACAAGAACAAGUCAUCGUCUGCCUCUGCUUUUGGUGCUGGAUCUUCAUCAGGAUUUCCCGAGUCCGCAGGAUUUGUUCGUGGUAAGUCUUGUCAUUACCUCAAUAUGGUCGCUCCGGAGAAGACUGAAGUGCCAAAAAAGUACCGUCCUGACUGGGAUAUCGAGGGUCUGGAAGUACCUGUGUGCAAUUGCGACAAACCCUGUGUUUGGCACGAAACGCGCAAUCAGGGAGUGCUGAAAACGAGCAAAGCGGAUUCCGUUGCUGGGAUUCGAUUGCCCUGUCCACGUUUGUUUUGGAAAUGCGCUAAUCGAAGAUGCGACUUCUUCAGAUGGGUCGACAACGUAGUAAUGCACGACGACGGACUGAAAAGUAACCUCCAACGACUUACAGAAGGACUAGCUGUGAAAGAUCAGUCAGCUAUGUCCAGCUCUGCUCUGGGUUUGGCUUCAGGACCAGCAGCCUCUUGCUCAUCUUCAUCAACGAGUGGCUCUUCGAUGUAUGCGAGUUAUUCUUCGCACGCGGGGGAACGACAGCCAGCACUUCCGAAGACUUCUUCAACAUCGAGUUCCGCCGCUUCUUUGAUCGAGCUUCUCAAAAAGGCGAGGGAAAAGCGCAAAGCAGCAGAGGGCCAAGUAGGAGACCUCCACCAAAAGAAUUCUUCCGCAGUGGUCGAUCCAUUUGCGGCUCUCGGCCCACGAGCAAAGCGACAAAGCGUUGCUCCCGCAACUUCGAGGAGGCUCGAGCGUAGCGAGUUUGGUGCAAGGACAGCGUACUCUACUGCGUCUUUUAGCUGUGCUUCAGCGAUGAACGUUCGGGGUGAAGAUGAUGCUAUGCAUGGACACGGAUACAGUUUUGCAGUAUCAACAAGGGAGUCGUUUGAUACUUCAGCUGUUGCAGCUGCCUCUGCGUUCCCGACCUCCAGCACUGCUGAAGGACCAUCAUCGAGUUCUCAGAAUCACUUCUAUGCCGACGCGAACUCUGCGAGAGAAGCACAUCGUAAUUCGGGUCCAUCUUCUUUGCCAGGGUCAGAACCUCCUUCGGCUCAAUACUGUCGCGAUCUUUUGAACGGUUCAAGGAACGCGCAGAGGACGAGCUUCGCGGAAUCAGUGCAUGCAGCACUACCAGCUGCGUUAGAAACAUUAAUUGUGUCUCAAACAAGUCAAGCUUCUUAUCUUGAACAACGUCCAAAGCCACCCACAGUCCAGCUGACGAAAGAUGCAGCGACGGGUCGUUUGUGCUAUCCGGUUGCUCCAGUGCGUCGCUCGCUAUCGAAACCGGAACCAGGAUCGGCAGCUGUGCCAACAUGUCGUGUUGGUGUGAAUAGUGCGGCGAUAUCAGGCGUACCGUCCUUUGUUGACAGGGAAGGUUCGAUUAAGAACGUAGUUGCACCGGAGAAAUUCCGAAUACGGUUACAGGAUCCAAAUGCUGCGCGUGACGGAGCCCCGCCAAACAAGUUUUCUCGGAAAGGCGAGCGCACGACUGCGAUGUCCUCCAACCAGCAAUUCCAUUAUCCACGUGAUGAUGGACCGCUACGCCAGCAUUUUGAUGGACGAAAGACUCUUCAGUCGCAGAAUAUUCCAGCCCUUCUUCAACAAGGGAUCGUGAGCCAAGAGCAUGUGGGUCUGCGUCCCUGCCCCACCAGUAAGGAUGACGGGACUUCGGGCCCAAGGCUCUUGAAUCGUCAUGAUAGCAUGAGAAGCCAUCUAUCAAAGGAAAAUCUAUACUCCUUCUCCAAAACCUUAAUUUUUGUCCGCAGACGUAGACGUAGAAAGACAAGAUAUUCUUCAAUUCCAGCAGGUCUUCUCGAUCCGGUGCCCAGAGCUUCGAUCCAGCCAACUAUUUUAACUAGCUACUUAACUAUCUAGUUUAAGCCAUAACUUGCGUGCCCAAGUGCAGGAUGCCACAAAAAUUAAGGUUUUGGAGAAGGAGUAUAGAUUUUCCUUUGAUACCAUCAGCAGAAGAAUUAUCUCUCCCAUAACGAUGACCAUAAAAGAACCUCUACGUCACUGCAGGCUCAACGAGAACCGGAACACCGCGAACUGCAGCAAUCGUCGUUGUCUAUGAGUCCGAGCCAGAGUUCACUUUUGUCGCCUCUACCACGGGCCAGUCAACUUCAAGUUGAUGGUGAAGAUCAGGCACUAGAAAUCGAGCCAGACGCGCCACCGCCGGCUGUGGUUCGCCAACAAGACCACGCUGGACUCGACUGCAAUGAUCCUGGAUUCACUGCUGCAGACGAUGAUGACGUCGAGUACUCUGAGAACUACGACGACCCUGAUAAUGCUAAAAACAAGGCCGAUAAAGGAGCACUGCUUGACGGAGAGGAAAAUGAGGCGAAGAAUAGCAAGAUAGAGCACGAGCAGGAGGGAGAAAGCGGAGACGAUCGAAAGGAAAACGUUGUCGCGGAGCAGGAUGAGCAAGGCGCUAUGGAUUUCCAGGGAGAGGUGGCGACCUCAGCCAGCUCUUUAGGCAACAAGGCGGCUCAGCAGCAAGUUCAAGUUGUAGAACCUGCGAAACCUCCGGUGCAAAGUACUCGUUCCCCUUACUUGCCCUCAUGGCUCCAUCGGCCAGAAGUGUAUCCUCUAGAAAGAUAUUACGGCCGCUACGAGAUCUAUGACGGCAAGAAGCUGCUGAACUUUUGGCACCUGAUGCCAGACGACCAAAGGGCGAUCGCAGAAGAUUUUCCAGGCCAUCGUUGGUGUCGGACAGAUGUCUUGCCGCAUUCGCAGAAGGCUCAUUACUACGACACAUUCAAGUGCAAUCUGGAAGAGCUGUUUUGUCGGAGCGAGAAGGACGCUGCUAGCAAUAACGUGGAUUUUGACGAAGGAGAGGACGACAAAAAGAAUCCUCGCAGCUGUGGACCGAACAACAAGAGACCACUAGGGGAUAUUAGUUUUGGGUCAAGCAUUCGGCGUCUCAAGAAGAGGUUCGAUCCAGGAUCCGCGAUGUCAUCCAAAAAUUCAGAGCUGGAUGCGGAGGAGCACACUCCCCGACCGAUUCACAACUCAGCUAAGCUCGUCUCAAACACGGCCUCCACGCGAGAUACCGUUUUUACUCCAAGUCCGUCGCGGAAGCGCCGUCGCGCAGCCUCGUCGGAAGAGAAUCAAGAUGGUGAGGGAAAAGCGCUAGAUCAUGGUGUCAAAAAAAUCGAGUGCAUCACCACCGGUGGUAGCACCACUUCAUCUUCAUCUGCAGCAGGUGUUGUUGUCGCCCAACGCUCAGUGUUCACAGGAAACGAUCGCCUUCAGGAAGACUGGCAAAAAGACAACCAUCCAUCCGGUCAACCAUCAUGGAAUCCUAAUCGUAACCGUCCUCUUCUUUCAGGAAAGGAAGCCGAGGCUCUUCGCUGGUUGCGGAGUCAGAUUCGCACACACAUGUGGCUUAUCGAAAAGCGAGAAAUUGACAAAGUACUUGCACGUGUUGUAGAUUGUUUGGAAUUGCAUGGUUUCGACAAUCGAGUACCCGUCCAAGUGCGAGUAGCAAACACACCACCACAAGAGCUUCUUUCAAUAUUCGUUGGUGACGGUGACUGUGAUUCCGUUGAGCAGCAGCAGAAAAGAAGAAGUGCAACAACAACUGGAGCAGAUGUGAUUGAGAAUGGAGCAAGACGCACCCUCGCUCGAGACGUCUGGCAGAAACGUGACGUGUUGCGCAUCGCCCUAGAAAGCUAUGCCGGAGAAAGCGAAAAUAUCAAUAGCAGUGUCGGAAAACAACCGCCAGCGCACCUAACGACCGCAGGCGCAUCCACAGCUAGUGGUGACAGCGAAGAACACCUGAAGAGGUGGGCAAUCACGGCUGUGUUCGGUGUUGAGCGUAGAGCGAAUGCGACCAAUAUUGGUGGACAUUCUAGUCGAGGAGCUCCUCCGGAACAAAACAAGAAUAACCCCAUUUCUAGGUCCAAUUGUUUCCAGCAAUCGCACACUGCUGCGAUGGACAAUGCGAGGUCGUCAUCGCAUUUCUCCUCUCGUUGCCAACAAGGUGCGCAACUUCUCGCACAGAACGAUUCUGUAGUGCGUUCUGGUGCUGCGCCUGCGUUGGUUCCGACCUCUGCUACGUCUGGCAUUAUAGCUUUGUCUACCAACAGCAAUCUUCAUAGCGGAAUGACUUCUUCUACUAGGUCUUCACUCAUAAGCCAGAGGAUCCCCGCAGCAGCUGGAUGUUCCAACAACGCAGUCAAUUCGUCCACAGCUACAGAUAUAGCCACCUUCAGUACUACGUCGCAGCAAAAGACGCAAGACAAUCGUUACGCUCUCCUCCGGAAGCGAAACGAACUGACACGACCUCUUUGCACGUGUGGGUUAAAGAGUGCAUCGAUGUACCGCGCGAAGACGGACGAAUACUUCUGGUGCUGUCGAAAGAACACAUGCGGAUUUUCGCAGGCGUGGGUAAUGGAUGACUCUGGAGUGUACGGAACAUCUGCAUCGACUGGAGUUGAAACGAAAUUGACCACACAAUGCCGUGGUAAUAAUCCGGAGGACAAUAAUGCCGCGUUUGAAAUGAAGAAGUUUUCACAUCCAGUGUGUCCUUGCAAUCUUGCCGCGAGGAUGGCUCGUGGGAAGACGGGAAUUUUUUGGCGGUGCGGAUCACGCGAUAGAACCCCGAGUUGUAACUGGCGGAUGCGUUUGGAAGAUGUACCUGGGACUAGCAGCAAGUCGUCGCCGGCUUCAAAGCGUCAACGAUUUUAG